GUUCCAAAACCUCAGUAGUAGUUAAAAAUUGUAAUAAUGCGGGUGAUUUUUAAUGUUUUUCUUCUUACAGUAUUAAUUCUUUUUGAAAAAUUGCAUGAAAGUGAAGCAAUCCAAUGUGUUGAUCAUGAUAAUCAACCAAUUGAUUGGUUCUUUCUAUACAAAAUCCCUCACAUCAAAAAGAACAAAGAAAAUAAAUUAAUUAACGGAGGAGUUGCUUAUGUAUAUAUAACAUCAACUUCAACAAACACUUGGAAAUUAUCUAAUUACCCAAUUACUUCAUUUCGAUCAAUAGUAGGACAAACUUUACAACCCUUAUAUGAUGGAAAUAUAACAAACACAUUAUACAUUUUAUACAACGAUCAACCACCAGGAACUAACCCAAAUUCAAAUCGUGGACACACAAAAGGGGUUGUGCUAGGUAAUAAAGAAGGUGGAUUAUGGUUGAUUCAUUCAGUACCAAGAUUUCCACCUCCAAAUCCGAUUUAUUCUUACCCUCAAACUGGAACAAUAUAUGGACAAAGUUUUUUAUGUAUAUCCCUAAAUUCAAAAGGUCUAAAUGAAAUAGGCACUCAAUUAUUAUAUAAUGAGCCUCAUAUCUAUGCUAAAAAUAUCCCUUCAGAUUAUUUAAUGACUUAUCCUCUUUUAAAUGAUGUAAUUAAUAAUGUGCCUAUUGCAAAUCCACCUUGGUAUAAUUUAAAGAAUAUAACAUCAAUAGAUGGAACAGUUUUUACAUCAUUUGCAAAAACCAGGAAUUUUGGGAAAGAACUUUAUGAGGACUGGGUAGCACCCACGUUGUUGAGUAAUUUAUGGGUGGAAUCUUGGUUAUUAGGACCAGGAAAAAUUAAUUCAACCUGUACAAGAACUUUUAGUGUCUUUAAUAUAAAAUCGAUUAAUAUUACUAGUGCAAAUGUAGUCUUUGAUUCAGCUUUAGAUCAUUCGAAAUGGGCCAUAACUAGUAAUGAUCAAUACAAUUGGAUUUGUGUCGGAGAUAUUAACAGGGAAAAUUCUCAAUCUAAAAGAGGAGGAGGAACAGUAUGUUUAUUAAACAAAUUAAUCGCAACUUCUUAUAAAUCAACAGUAAAUUCAACACAACCAUGUUGAGGUUAUGUCAAAAAUUUGACAGAUUUAGGUUAGGAUUUUUUUACAUAAUAAAAUUUUGUUAAAUCUUAA